UGAGGUUUUGUCGUUCUUUAUGAUCGAGCUUUGCCUUGUGGAGUAUGAAAUGCUGGAGUAUCUUCCAUCUAAGCUAGCGGCCUCAGCAAUAUACACUGCUCAGUGUACACUUAAGGGAUUUGAAGAAUGGAGCAAAACCUGUGAGUUUCACACAGGCUACACGGAAGAACAGCUAUUGGCAUGUGCAAGAAAGAUGGUUGCUUUUCAUCACAAGGCAGGAACAGGGAAGCUCACAGGAGUUCACAGGAAGUACAACACAUCUAAGUUCUGUCAUGCUGCAAGGACUGAACCAGCUGGGUUUCUGCUUUAAUGGAGGAAAAAACUAUAAUAAGAAUCUAAUAUGACUUAACUCGAGUUUGUUCUUUUUGAAACUAAAAGAGUGAGGGAGAAAAGAGAGAUAGAGCAACUGAAGCUGCCCAAAUGGGAGAUGUACAAUUGUUGUUUCGGUUCUUCUCUUUUAAAGGUCUUUUGAUCUUUCUUCACUUAAGAGAGAAAUAAAAAGAUGCAAUCAAUCUUUUGGAUA